AUGGAAAACCACCUGCUGCUUUGUAUUUUACUGUUGAUUCCUGCCUUUGCGUCAUCAGACUUUUUGGUAACACAUGUCAGAAACAUCAAGGUUGUCAAUGGGAUAGAAAUCUACAGCAUGAAAAUUGAUAGUAAAGUAACUUCCCGAUUUGCCCACAACAUCGUCACCAGUCGAGCUGUCAAUCGUGGAAAUGUGCAUAAAGAAGUCUUCUUUGAUGUUGAACUCCCUAAGACAGCCUUCAUUACCAACUUCAGCAUGACAAUUGAUGGUGUCACUUAUCCUGGAACUAUAAAGGAAAAAGAAGUUGCAAAAAAGCAAUAUGAGAAGGCUGUUUCAAAGGGACAGACUGCUGGUCUUGUCAAAGCUUCAGGAAGAAAAACGGAAAAAUUCACUGUCUCAGUCAACAUUCAAGCAGGCAGUAAAGUCACUUUUGAACUCACGUAUGAGGAACUACUGAAGCGACAGUUUGGAAAAUAUGAGAUGUUCAUCAAAGUAAAACCGAAGCAGCUUGUCAAAGAUUUUGAGAUUGAAGUAAAUAUCUUUGAGCCCCAGGGUAUCACUGAACUGGAAGCAGAAGGAACGUUCAUCACCAAUGAUCUACAAGAUACCAUUAAAAAAACUUUUUCAGAGAAAAAGGGGCGUAUCUCUUUCAAGCCAUCUCUUGAUCAGCAGCGAACCUGUGCAAAUUGCUCACAGUCUGUCUUGGAUGGGGAUUUUACUGUAAGAUAUGAUGUGAAGAGAACAACUCCAGAUAAUUUGCAGAUUGUCAGUGGCUACUUUGUACAUUUCUUUGCACCAACAAAUCUCCCAAAGUUGCCCAAGAAUGUUAUUUUUGUAAUAGAUAUUAGUGGCUCAAUGUCUGGAAGAGAAAUAGAACAGACAAGACAAGCACUUCUGAAAAUCUUAGAUGACAUUGAAGAAGAUGACUUCUUCAAUUUCAUACUGUUUGGUAGUGAAGUACACACUUGGAAAGAAACAUUAAUCAAGGCCACUCCUGAGAAUUUGGAUGAAGCAAGGAAGUUUGUUCGGGGCAUUGACACUGAAGGCUUGACAAAUUUAUAUGGUGGUAUAAUGAGGGGAAUUGAUAUGCUGAAUGCUGCUCAUGAAGAAAACCUUGUGCCCAAGAGAAGCGCUUCUAUAAUUAUCAUGUUAACAGAUGGCCAACCAAAUGUAGGCAUAUCAAAUACUCAGGACAUUCAGGCACAUGUAAAAAAAGCCAUUGAAGGAAAAUAUCCCUUGUACAAUCUUGGUUUUGGCUAUGGUGUUGACUACAACUUCUUGGAGAAGAUGGCGCUGGAGAAUAAAGGAUUGGCCCGUCGGAUUUAUCCCGACUCUGAUGCAGCUUUACAGCUUCAGGGGUUUUAUGAUGAGGUAUCGAAUCCCAUGCUCACGGAUGUGGAGUUAAACUACCCAGAAAAUGAAGUAUUAGACCUAACUAAAAACAGUUUUAAGCAUUUCUAUGAUGGGUCUGAGAUUGUGGUGGCUGGGCGCUUUAUAGACAACAACCAAAACAGUUUGACUGUAGAUGUGAGAGGUGAAGGCGCUAAUGAUGCCCUAUCAUACAGUACACAACAAGAUGCUGAGCAAACAGCUAAAGCUUUCCAAGAACAAGAAUACAUAUUUGGAGAGUACAUUGAAAGGCUCUGGGCUUAUCUCACCAUUGAGCAACUCCUGGAAAAACGUAUUGCAGCUACAGGAGAAGAAAAGGAUAAUCUUACAGCUGAAGCCCUGGAUCUCUCACUAAAAUACAAGUUUGUAACACCACUGACAUCCAUGGUGGUAACAAAGCCAGAAGACUAUGACAAUCAAGAUGGGAUUGCCGAUAAACCCAUUGAAGCUCCGCAACUAUCAUCUUACCUAUAUACAGCACACCCCACAUGGUAUACUAGUGUUGAUGGAGAUCCACACUUCAUUAUAUCGGUACCGCAAAAAGAUGAUGUCAUUUGUUUCAAUAUCAAUGAAAACCCAGGUGCUGUGUUAAAUUUAAUAAAUGACCCAGUUACAGGCAUUACAGUCAAUGGAGAACUCAUUGGUGAUAAGAGAGAAAAUAGUGAUGCAAAGAUCCAGAACACAUAUUUUGGAAAACUUGGCAUUGCAAAUAAGCACCUGGAUUUGAAACUGACAGUAACUACUGAGAAGAUCAUGAUUCAGAAUGGCAAUGAAAAAACAGGUUUCACCUGGCUUGACUCAGUCACCAUGCAACAAGAAGGUUUAACCUUGAUAAUUAACAGAAAGAAAAAUCUGGUGCUCUCAAUGGGCAGUGGUGCCUCAUUUGUUAUUGUUUUGCACCAAGUGUGGAAGAAACAUCCUCUCCACCAAGAUUUCCUAGGACUGUACACAUUGGAAAGUGAUAAACUGUCUGAUCAGACCCAUGGAUUGUUAGGACAGUUUUUCCACCCUAUUAACUUCACCAUACUUGAAAUUCAUCCUGGAUCUGAUCCCAAGAAACCAGAUGCCACAAUGAUUGUCAAAAACAAUGAACUGACCGUAACAAGAGGCUGGCAGAAGGAUUACAGAAGAGAUCCUAAGCAUGGCAUUGAUGUUCCUUGCUGGUUUGUUCAUAACAAUGGAGCUGGGCUGAUAGAUGGCGUUCAUACGGACUAUAUUGUUUCCAGUCUGUUUUAA